UAAAUGUUUCCUAAGUUCCUCUUCCUUCAAGCAGAAUCAUGUCCACAAAGGUAGAAGAAAAGGCAUCUUUCAACAAAUUAAAAAACAUGCUCAUGCUGGUGUUACACUGGAUUCUGCAUGGAGUUGGUGCUACAGAUACCUGCCAAGUCACUGUAACACAACCCAGAUUUCAGGAAGCUGACUACUCCAUGCACACUGUGUUCUUAACAUGUACUUUCUCAGCUUUUGGAUGUUCUUCAUUUCCACCUGAAGUUCUGUGGUUUCGCUUUUUAACUAAAAAGCAUGAGGAUUUGUGUACUCCAGGAUGCAUAAAUCAGCAGAAGUACAAAGUACAUUUAUCUGAAAAUAACAUUUUACUUCAAAUCAGUAACCUGACUGUAGAGGACAACGCUGUCUAUAUCUGUGGAGUGGCAUUUUCAGAUUCAAGUUCACCCCAUUCUAAACAAACAGGAGAUGGAACAGUACUAACAAAAGCAGGAGCAGAGAAGCAGCACAGCAACAGAAGACUCGGCUUCAUCUUCAUGAUCAUCGCUUCAUCCUCACUGUUUCUAUACAGUACUACUAUAUUCACGUUCUUUUUAGUCUACAAGUUAAAACCAAAGCUGCUAAAGAAAAGCAGGAAUGAAGACCAAAGAAGAGAGAACUGUAAAAUCACCAGUGGACGAAAAAUUUUUCAAGCAAUUGCCCAGGAACUUCAAAAUCAGAGAUACACCGAGCAUUGCCAACAGCCUGAAGCUUUGGAAGAUGACACUGUUUAUCAGAACAGAUGAGCCUGUGCUGCUGUUCAGAUUUCUUCAGUAUUUCUCACACAGAUGAAGAAGGGACAGAUAAAGAAGUUAAGCUUCUUCACAUACUUCCUUUGCUUUAAAAAGAAAGGAGACAGGAGACCUUGCAGGGCAGUGUUUUUGAUGAGUAUUUUCUAAACAGGUCACCAAACACAAGUGCAUCAUGCAUUUAUGUUAUAUUUUACUUCAAUUUUCCAUUCUUUAAGAAUAAGAACUAUGGGAAAAGACUUCAUCUUCAAAGAUAACUGCUGACCUUCCUAAGUUUCCUUUUUCAGUUUAAAUUUAAUUCUGUGCAUUUUUUUCUUUUUACGUAAGUUUACAUGUAUUCCUUUUAUGUGAAUUGAGCAUUUGUGAAAGAUGUAUAAUUGACAGCAACAGAAAAUAA